AUGGCCAAAGAAGCAACUGACACUUUCUUGAACACAACAGGUUGGGGUAAAGGUAUUCUGGCCCACUCAAGGACCUCAGGUACUUGUUCAUUUUUUUCCGUUAAAAAAUACUAUUCCAUUCUUCCUACUCAGCAUACACUCUAUGUUCCUGCUGAUUUUGUCCGUGCUGGCUCAAACACAUUGAUGUUGAUGGAAUUAGAAGGAACCAAGACUUGUCAAAAGGACGAUUGUACGGUAUCAUUCAUAGAUCAUCCUGUCUUUGUGUGGGAGAAGAUAUACGAUUAUGAAGAAUGGUUUCGAUUAACCAUUGUUCCUAUGAUGUGUGGCGCAAUUUAA